UUCAAGUUUUGAAACUUUUAAUUGCGAAUAAUAUAACGAAAUUGGGACAAAUAUUGAGCGAAAGGUACAAGUAAUCUUCUUAAGUUUCAUCUUGUUGUAUAUUUAUACACAACAGCGUAUUUUCAAAAAGAUUCAAAAUAUCGACAACAGUCAUGGAUUGGGAAGAAGUGCAGAAGAACUUAGGCGAAGCGGUAGUACGGUAUUGCACGUCAAAUAACGUACAGCCAAAGAAACUGAAUACCGGUGCAUUCUUUGUAGAAGAUGUUAAGCUACUGAUGCAAUUUAAAACCAUUUUUGUGGAAGGGAUAGGGCAAAUUCCUAUAGAUAAAGUUACUCCAGUUGCAAGCAACAGUGAAAGCAGUCAAAGUGAAACUAUUGAAAAUUACCUGAAACAUGCAUCUCUUGAGAUUAAUUUGAGUUAUAUGGGAAAAUUGCAACAUUGUACUAAAUUUUCAAAAUCCCAUAUUUUGCAAAUUGCUAUAAAUGGCAAAGAGGAAAUAUUGAAAUCAAAGAUCACGUGCAAAAAUAAAAAUAAGGGAUUUGAACAGAUUUCAAUGAGUGAUAUGAAUAAGUUCUUUACAUGCAUAUUUGUCAAUGUUCUACCAAGGGAGUUGUUUGGCGGACAUACAAAUUUUAAUGCAAUAAAGAAAGGUACUCUUGCCUUCCUUGAAACUGCUCGUGGAGAAAAUUACGAUCUGAAGAAUGUAAUAAGGAAAAUGAAGAUAUUGAAAAUACUCUGGCUACCAAACACAUGGGAUUUGAGAAUGCAGUGUCGCUUCAUAGCAAUAUUUAUCAAGUGGUUCUUCACUGAAUUUAUUACUGAAGUGAUUCAUACCCAAUUCUACGUCAUGUACUCAACAAAUAGCUCUCAAAGGAUUUAUCUUGUUCAGUCUCAGUGGCGAAAAACUACCUUUAGGUUUAUUAGAAAGCUCGAAGAGAAAAAGAAAAUCAUACUUUAUAAGUCUAAUGACAUCUGCGAGCCACCAAUUGCCCGGAUGGAAUUAUUGGUGAAAGGUUCAGGGCUGAAACCAAUUUUAACUGUGAAGUAUAAUAAGAAGAAAGAGAAGGAAGAAGUUAAUUUAUUACUGACAUUUUUGAAUCAACUUUAUGCUACGCAUUAUAAGCAUUUAACCCAAAGUCAGUUCUAUAGAAAUUGGAGGAACAUUAUUAAGAGAAUAAAAAUUGAAGGAAAUUGUAAAUCAUUAUAUAUUGUAUCAUGUGAUAUUCAGGAUGCUUUUGGAUCUGUCAUUCAAGAGAAACUCAUGAACAUUCUCGAGUUACUUUGUGAGGAAGUACCUAACACCAUCUCCGAGCAAACCUGCGCUGUAUUGAACAAAUUCUACGCCAGAAAGUUCAACAAAUUGAAGAUUUUGAAGAUAUUCGCUGAGUUGCAGGCUCCGGUGUCGGCAGGAACAAUGUUUACUACAUAUAAAUCCAAUUCCAAGAAAACUUGGCAGACAAGUAAGAUUUUGGAUAAAAUCAGGAAGUACAUCACGCAACAGAGGGUGGUAAUCUCAAAGAAACAGUACAUUCUGAAGAAAGGUCUGGGAGUGGGACUACGUCUUUCAAAAAUAUUAGCUGACAUAUAUUAUGAAUAUAUGGUACACCAUACCAUGAAGGAUUUUAUUAAACAUGGAGAAUUAUACAGAUAUGCAGAUGACAUAUUAUUUUUAACGGAGGAUAAAGAAACCGCCGAAAGGUUCCUCAAGACUGUAAAAAAAGGAAUCCGGGAAUAUAAUUGUAAUUUCAAGAUGUCCAAAACGCAAACAAAUUUAGAUCAUACAAGUUUGAAGAACAUUGAAUACCUAGGUUGCUGUAUUAAUGGAGAGACUCUUGAUAUAGUGCCACAGUACCAUAAUCUCAAGUCCCGAUACAUGACAGUGCAGUCCAGAUAUCCAAAAAAGGAUGUUCUUACGACGUUUAAUCGCAGAAUAAGUAACUUGUGUCCUCUUAAAUUAAAUACGACAAUGCUGGAUGUAACUAUUAACUCGAAGGACACUGUGCAAUUCACUAUAAACCAAGCAAGUCGAUUGCAAGCUUCAAGAUGUCUUGCACUCCUUUUACGUUUUGUCGGCCAAGAUCCAACCAGUGAUCGUGUUUGGGCCAUUUUUAAAAUAAUUAAAAAAACUAACAAGACUAUUGUGGCUACAGUUAGUCGCAUGUAUCUCCCAAAGCAUUUUAAAACGUGGUUGAAGGAUGUCCUCUACCCUAACAUUAGUCAACAAAGCGUUCUUCUGCUUGACUCCUGGAGCGGACACUGCAGCGAUACAAUUGAAAAAACGAAACCUGCCGACAAAAACAUUGUGGCAGUGAUUAUACCAAAGGGAACUACUGGUCGAAUCCAACUUUUAGAUGUCUAUGGUUUUCGACAGCAAUGA